GAAGCUUUUGUACAUCUCUUCUACUGAUAUCUGUCUAAAUAAUCUCGUUAGAUAAACGUUAUUAGAAUCUUUUCAUACAUCCACAUAUCCAUAGAUAUAGCUACCUCAAACCAUGAGUGACCCAACCAACCCCAACAUCUCCAAACGAACAACGCCCCAAUGGGCACUCUACCAGCGCGAGAACUUCUGGAAAGUAAACGACGGCCAAACAGCCCCAUUCAACACCGAUCCAAAAAAACUCGAAGAAGAAGCCCACAAAAAGCUAAGCCAAGGCGGCUGGUACGCAUCCCAUCCCCUCCCAAUACACCAACCUCCUACUAACCAUCCCAGGUACUACGCCUCCUCCAACGCCGGACAAUCCCACACACACCUCGCCAACCGCCAAGCCUUCUACCGCCACCGAAUCAUCCCCAACCAGCUCGUAGACACGAACCUACGCGACACGAGCACCGAGAUCUUCGGCCACCGCGUCUCCGCCCCCAUCGGCUUCGCCCCCAUCGGAAUCAACAAGAUCUACCACCCAUCCGCCGAACUCGCCGUCGCCAAAGUCGCCCACGAACUCAACCUCCCCUACUGCCUCUCCACCGCGGGGAGCUCCCCCAUCGAACGCGUCGGCGAAGCAAACGGCUCCGGCCCCCGGUUCUACCAACUCUACAUGCCGCAUGACGAUGAGCUCACCCUCUCGUUACUCAACCGGGCGUGGAAUUCGGGCUUCGACGCCCUGAUCCUCACGACGGAUACGUGGCAGCUUGGCUGGCGACACGACGAUAUCGCGAACUCGAAUUAUGCGUUUUAUCGCGGCAUCGGGGCGGAUCUGGGGUUGACGGACCCGGUGUUUCGGGCGCGAUGUCGCGAGGCAGGCAUCGAUGUAGAGAGGGAUAUCGUCGCGGCGUCGACGAAAUGGAUUGAUUCCGUAUGGCACGGACGGGCGUGGUCAUGGGAGAAAAUCCCGUGGUUGAUGGAGCAGUGGAGACGGAUAUCGGGGGGCCGGCCGUUCGUGAUCAAGGGGAUUCAGUCGGUCGCGGAUGCGAGGAAGUGUGUGGAGUAUGGGGUGGAUGGGAUCGUGGUGAGUAAUCAUGCGGGGAGACAGGUGGAUGGGGCGAUUGCGAGUCUGGAUGCGUUGGAGAAUAUUGCGGCUGCGGUGGGGGAUCGGAUUUACGUGAUGUUUGAUUCGGGCGUGCGCGGGGGAAGUGAUGUUGCGAAGGCGUUGGCGUUGGGGGCGCGCUUUGUGUUUGUGGGGAGGCUGUGGAUUUGGGGACUGAGUAUUAUGGGGGAGGAGGGGGUGCGGCAUGUGAUGAAGUCGCUGUUGGCGGAUUUUGAUAUCCUCAUGGCGGUGGGGGGGUUUAAUAGGGUGGAGGACUUUGAUAGGUCUGUCUUGGAGUCGUAUCCGAAGUCGUAUACGCUGCUGCCGGAUAAGGUUCUUUAGGGUUUCAGUGGGUUCAGAAAGCGGAUGACAGGUAUUCAUACAACUUGUUAGACACGAUCAACCCAUGCAAGAAUCGAUGGGUUGGAAUGGAAGUUAAGUGACUAGAAGAGAUAAUGGAACAAA